AAAUUUCAGGUUUAUUAAAAAUUCUUUUGGCCACAAAGCGGGCGACUUCCGCAUGUUGGAUGUGAACGAGCCGUCCAUUACAAGGCAAUAGACGUAACCAAUCCGAAAGGGAAGAUAAUACAAUGGGGCCUCCACAAUUACAGCGCACUUUUCUGGGCUUCGACUUGAGUACACAGAAGCUGAAAGCUAUUCUGCUAAACUCCAGCCUGACAGUGGUUGCCUCAGCCGAGGUGAAGUUCGACAGCGACUUGCCGGAGUUUCGAACCAGUGGUGGAGUCAGCCCCGGACCCAACAAACAUGAAUUCUUUGUGCAGCCAGUGAUGUGGGUGAAGGCCGUGGACAUUGUCUUGGACCGUUUGGUGAUGCAGGAGGCUGAUUUAAGCACUGUUGCAGCCAUUUCUGCUGCGGGACAGCAGCAUGGUUCCUUGUACUGGUCAAAGCACGGAAUUUCAGCUUUGCAAAGCCUUGAUCCCGAAAAGUUUCUCCACGCACAAAUCGAUGACUCGGCAUUUGUGGUCAACCGCACGCCCAUUUGGAUGGAUGCGUCAACCACUAAGCAAUGCCUGGAGAUGGAGACUGCCAUUGGGGGGCACACCCAGAUGGUUCAGCUGACGGGCUCCAAGUGCUACGAGCGAUUUACUGGACCGCAGAUACGUAAGAUCUACCAGCAGCGCACUCAUGCCUACGAGGAUGCCCAACGAAUCUCACUGGUCAGCAGCUUUUUGGCCUCACUCUUUUUGGGAAGUGUGGCACCGAUCGACUUCAGCGAUGGCUCCGGCAUGAACCUGCUGGACAUCCGCGAAAAAGCCUGGUCCAAGGCCUGCUUAAAUGCGUGUGCACCUGACCUGGAUGAGCGUCUCGGUCAGGCGGUCAGUGCCAAUACUGUCCUUGGCGGCGUUUCAGAAUAUUUUGUGAAGCGCUUCUGCUUUCCGGCGUCAUGCCAAGUCGUCGCUUGCACCGGAGAUAAUCCCUCGGCCUUGGCAGGAAUGCUAGUGGACAAUGACUGGUUAAGCGUAUCCCUUGGCACUAGCGACACUUUAAUGAUGAGUUUUGAGAAGCCCCCCAACUGGGAGGAGGGCCAUGUGUUGUGUCAUCCAACGCAGACGGACGAGUUCAUGGGACUGUUAUGUUUUAGAAAUGGCUCUUUGGUCCGUGAGGCUAUGAACAAUGUGGAGGCUGGAGGGGAUUGGGUGAAGUUCAACGAGCUUCUUGAAUCGACACCGCGCGGAAACUUCGGCAAUAUGGCCGUGCAUUUCAACGACAUGGAAAUUAUUCCCAAGGCAAAGGGCACAUUGCGAUGGAAUAAGGAUUGUUUGCCCAACUCCCCGGAUGCUUCCAAGGGUGUAAUAAAAUUUAGCUCACCUCAAAUCGAAAUUCGUGCCUUAAUCGAGGGCCAAAUGCUUCAUCAUCGAGCUGUGGCCGAAGACAUGGGAUUCCAGUUUGGAACAAACACAAAAGUCCUUGCUACUGGAGGAGCGUCCAUAAACAAGUCUAUUCUCCAAGUAAUCGCUGACGUGUUCAACGCGCCCGUCCAUAUUCAGAACGAGAGUGAGGCUGCCCUAAUGGGAGCCGCCUACAGAGCAUCCUAUGCUCUGUAUCGGCAUGAGCUUGAUCAAACUGUUCCUGCCCUCAGUUAUCGCGACCAUGUCCUCAGCCUAACGUCCAACAAUCUGCAGCUUGUUUGCGAACCACACAAGGAUAGCGAAUCAAUUUACGCACCAAUGCUCGAGCGAUACAAGGCCAUGGCCCACAUCCUGCAAAGCGGAAUCCUGUGAGCCACGGAACAAAGAACCCAAGGCCACAUUUUAUACUCCAAAGCAUUUCCGACUUACUCUUUACUUUUAUAUUCCACCUGACACUAAUAAGUAGAACUAAAGUGCAAUUAACAAAAUUCUGUGAUCGAGAAUUUAUUAAAAAUUUAUGCGAAACCAUAA